AUGGAUCAGACUCCAUCGCAAACCCCGACCGGAUUACCCCGUUCCUCCGUCACCGCCAGCUCGCUCCCUCCCGAAUACUGGAAUACCCUCGAUUCACUCUAUCCCGCACCAGAUCUCCAGCAACAACAGCAGCAGCAGCCGCAACUUCCGCAACAGUCACAGCUGCCACAGCAACCGACUCCUUCACAGCAGCCACUUGGCAUCAGCUGGGAUCACCCGAUUUUUCACCAGCAGCAACCGCAGCCACGAAACCAGUUUCCGCGUCACCAGGAGCAGAAUCAUGGAAUCUACUCGCCAACACCCCAGCCAUGGCAACCCAAUCCUCUAUAUCAACCAUUGAUGCCAUCUUCCAAACCGCAGGGACUAGUAGUGCAACCGCAAUAUUCUCAAGUCCACCAAUUUCCGCAGUCGCAGCUUGCUUUCGAUCCACAGUCGAUUCCGUCGGAUAGUACGACCCUCGACGCCAUUCCUUUCCCACAAGACUUCUUUCCUUCGCAACUUUCGACACAGCCGUCCUCACAACGAGCAACUCCCUCACAGCCUACACCCGCCGCUCCAUACCAGUCAAAUGCGCAGCAGAACCCCAUCAACCAAUACUCAAUCCCUGCUGGAUUCCCUGAAGAAGCUUCGCAUACCCCGAUAAAUUUCCCCAAUGGUUUCUCUGACCCUGGAACGAGCCAGCAGACAAUCAACCCCCUCUUUCUUAAUACCCCUCACCAAUCCGGGAAUCAGCAGCAUGCACCCAUCAACGAUAACUUCCUUUAUCUAGGUCCGGCAGAUUUUGAACGGCCUAACAACUCGAAGCCAUUCAAUUAUUACCGGAAUGACCUGCAAGCGCCACCGUCAAACCACCAUGCCAUUGGUAACCAAUCUAUUCCAUCUCAGUUCCCAACGGUGGAGGUAGUUAUCGACAAUUCACAAGCCCCAGCCUUCGCACCAGACAAGAAACCAUUGGACCCUCAGAAGAAAACCGCGGCUCAGAGACAAGCGAAGACUCAGGCCAAAAGAGUCGGUAAACAAGCAGGCGACAGGUCGUCCUCCAGCUCUGAUAGUGAUGAUUCUGACAUCGAGAUUACACUUCCUCCCGAAGAACUCUCUCCGAUUCCAGAAACUCGUCCCAGCGACCCGCUUGGUGCUGCACGAUAUGAUGCCCUUCGGGCUGUCUGGUCACCACGUAACAGAUCACCAAAUGCCGAAAAAGUCAAGAAUGCGCUGGUCGCAUUCAAGAACGUUGUCAAGGCUGUAAGAGAUACGUGGAAAGAACUUUCUCAAGCCAUGAAGACGGCCGAGAAUCAGGGUGAAAACGACAAGGCAACUCAACUGAAGAACGAAGUUGUCUUUCAACGGCGCCUUAUGGAUGUGGUUGUCAGUACAACUUUGGAAAUGGGCCACCCGAUGAUUGUUGAGAAGUUGGGUGAGCACCCCAUGGCCGUCUCUGCCAUGUAUUCAUUCUUGCUGGACCGUCAUCAAGCAGCCGAUGUUGACGGAACAUUGACAGUCAACAUACUGAAGUUGCUUUCUCAAUUUGUCACGGUGGAUGAGGACGUGCUUCAGAAAACCAACGUUGCCAAAUUGCUCCCAAGGUUCUCAAAGAAGGGUGGCCAAACCGUCAAGGAUCUUGCAAAGAAAAUUCAAGAGAACGCUGCUGCAUCCACGAAGCGCAAACAAGGGUCUAAGGAAGACUCGCCCAGCAAGAAUACUACUCCCGAUGCUACAGCCACCAAUGGGUCUCGUGUCGAAGCGGCUGGUUCGAAGCGUCCUCGAGACGGUGAAAGCAAAGAAGGCAGCGUGCAACCUGCCGCCAAACGAAUGGUCGUCACCUCGAAUACCAAGAAUCCUGGAAGCACCGGUACUGCCAAUGGCGCCACGGCCAAGCGUCCACAGGAGACAGGGCAGGACGCCAAAGCAACGGCAGCAGCCGCUGCACGUCCUAAGGCCAACAUCGUUGCCCCCAAGCCAACCAACCUCUUUGGAAGUUUGAGCUCUGCCAAGAAAAGACCUGGGACUUCAAAUGCAGAGAGGGCCGCCGCGGCUGCCGCGGCGAAGACGAAUGUCCCUACUGAGAAAAAGAGAGAAGCGGGUCCACCUCCCCCCAAACCGGCAUUCUCACUUGGUGAUAUCAUGGCAGAUCUUGACAAGCCGAAAGAUCCCGGUCCUGUUGAGCCUACUGAGGAUAAGCCCCCCGAGACUGAAGAGGAGCGGAAGAAAAGACUCCGAAAGGAAGGCCGCCGUAGGUUACGUGUUAGCUGGAAGCCUGAUCAUUCCUUGACUGAAGUCCGCCUCUUCACACAUGACCCUGAAGAGGAGCUUGGCCCUGAUGAUCGUCGACAGCGACAGGCUGGUGACGUGAAAGGCGAAGGUCGCAUCCUUAGGUUGCACAAAGGCCUUGAUGAACUGGGCGAAGAAGAUGAAGGUGGCAUCAAAGAAGAGAAUCUGCUUGGCUACCACGAGCCGUCUGAAAUUGAUAAUGCCGAUAUUACACCAGAUGAUCGUGCCAGGAACUAUGUCAAGCGUGGAGGUACCCAAGAGCCUACUAGCCCAGAAAAGCAAGCGCAGGAGCACCGAGAAGCUACUACCCUUAUGGUGUUCUAUACCUCGCUUGCCGACAUACCGCCAUCACCAAAAGAACCUCCUCCGCCUAGUGACGACGAGAUUGUCCCCGAUGUGCAGCAAUUUGGUGAACUGCCCGACCAUGUCAAGGCUCGACAAGAACGGUACUUCGCCUACGUCAACCCGAAGCCGGCACCCGCUGCGCAGCCGGCUGCGCCAACGAACCAGUUCGAUAUCUCCAACCUGCUGAAGAUCAUCCAAAGUGCAACCCAGCAGCAACAACCGCAACAGCCAGCCCAACCUCUUCCCCCACAGCAGCCAGUCUCGCAGGCGCCCACAUCUGACCUCGAGCGAACAGUGAACAUGUUCCGCCAGCAACCAGCGCCGGCACCGCUGCCGCAAAUGCCCCAGUUUCCUAUGCCCCAGCCACAAGCAACACAGGGCAUGGACUUUGGGAAUAUCUUGUCCAUCAUGAAUGCUCAAAAUCAGAUGCAGCCGCCGCCCGUCUUCCCUCCGGCUCCACAGUCGCAGCCUGGCAUUGCUUCGAACCUUGCCGCUAUCAUAUCCCAGCUUAGCAACCAGAACCAAGGCGGUCCUAAACCUCCGAGCCAGGUCUACGAAGACCCAGAGCGCAAGCGCAUGCGCGAGACUAGCGGGUUUGAUGGCGCUGGUGAUGAGAAAUUCAACUCGUCCAAACGGAAUCGGCCUAAUGGACCCCACAAGAAACACCCCAAGGUUGGAAUAGUUCCGUGUCGAUAUUGGAAAGAGGGCAAGUGCCUAAAGGGCGACGAUUGCACGUUCCGCCACGAUCCUCUCAUCUAG